AUUAAGCACGCUCAAUAUAAUCAAAAUAUAACAAUGGAGUUAUUACAUUGUUUCGGAGCAUUGUUGUUUUUUUGUCCUCGAAAUUUCGACUUUCAAUUAAAAUACUGAAUUUAUUAAUAAUUAAAUUAAAAUAAGCAAAAUCGUAAUGGACAGAAAACAUCAAUGUCCGACCUGCGGCAAGAAAUAUCGUAAAUACGAUUUGAAAGAGCACAUGAGAACUCAUACGGGCGAAAGGCCGUUUAAAUGCAAUUUGUGCGGAAAAAGCUUUUCGCAUAAGAGUAAUUUGACACAGCAUAUGAGUGUGCAUUCGAAUGAAAAGCCAUUUAACUGUCAUUUGUGCGAGAAAAGCUUUCCAAGUAAGAGAUGUUUAAAACAACAUUUGAUAGUACAUUCGGAUGAAAGACGGUUCAAGUGCAAAUACAAUAGAUGUAAAGAGAGCUUUAAACGGAAACGUGAUUUGGAACAACACACGUUUGCGUGUCAUUCGAAUGAUAUUUUAUCUAAAAUUCCGUUGAAUGACCCGAUGAUAACAAGCCGUUAUUGUGACAUUUGCAAAAAACUAUGCGCAUCACCCGCUGCUUUAAAAAGCCACAUGAAAUUUCACACCAGAAAGCUGCCAUUUUCAUGUAAUAUAUGCAACGAGAAAUUCAGAUAUAAAUAUCAAUUAAACAGACACAAUCAACAGUUUCAUUCGGGAGAAAAACCUCCAACUUGUUCCCAGCGAUUUAAAGAACAACAAUACAAAGAACAUGGUGAUUUGAGGACUUCUAAUAAAACAUCGUCUUCACCCGUACAAACAAAUAAUGAUAACAAGAAUGAUGAACAAUGUAAAGAAGAUCACAAGGACGAUCAUCUUGAAUCGUCGGUUAUCGUAUUUCAAUGUCAUUUAUGUUCGUUCAACACUCGCUCGAAUCAGAAAUGGUUAGAACAUAGGCAGUGUCAUAUGGAAGAAAUCCCUUCCACCUCAACGGCAUCGCAAGAAAAGGCGGAUGAAGAAGUACAAGCCGCCAACACACUGCUAUUAUUAAGAGAAGGAGGAUCGAACAGAAGGAAAUUGAACAUGUUAGAGGCUGACAAGCAUCUCUCUCAUUCAAAUAAAGCUUUGACUGAACAAUAAUUGAUAAAACACAAACUGAAGAAAAUAUAAAUCAAUUUUUGUCGCAUUUAUACUCUACGAAAUUACGUAAAUCAACUAAUUAAAAAU